AUGCCCUUUGCCAGCAGCACCAGCAGGCAGCACACGCAGCUGGGAGGAGAGCAGCCCCACUCCAGCGCAUGCCGACGCUGCCGGCCCUGGGAGGAAUGGCCUUUUCUAACCCGGAGGCCCCUUGGGGGAGAUGCGGGGCCGGAGGGGGUCUGCCUCAGGGUGCCACCGCUCUCCUCUUUUCCAGGCACCACUUGGAUGCAGGAGAUUCUGACCUUGAUCUACAGCAAGGGAGACCCAGAGCCAGCCACCAGCAUCCCCAACUGGGCCCGGGCCCCCUGGCUGGAGCACGUCCACUUCAAGGAGAUUCUCCAGGAGACCGACGGACCGCGCCUUCUCACCACCCAUCUGCCCUGGCGGGUGCUGGCAGCCACCCUGCAGAAAGGCAAGCCCAAGGUGAUCUAUGUGGCCAGAAACCCCAAAGACGUGGCCGUGUCUUUCUACCACUUCCACAGGAUGGCCAACUUCUUCCCAGACCCUGGCACUUUCGAUGACUUCCUCCUCCGAUUCUUGGACGGCACGGUGCACUACGGCUCCUGGUUCCAGCACGUCCAGGGCUGGCUGAGCUGCCAGAAGGAGAUGGACCUUUUCUGGGUCACGUAUGAGGAGCUGCACCAGGACUUGCGGGACUGCGUGGAGCGCCUGAGCGCCUUCCUGGGCUGCCCUCUGCAGCCGGGCCAGAUCGAGGCCAUCCAGGAGCACAGCAGUUUUGCCUCCAUGAGGGCGAACCCCAUGGUCAACUACACGCUCGUCCCUCAGGAGAUCCUGGAUUCCAGCAAAAGCACAUUCAUGAGGAAAGGUAUCGUCGGAGACUGGAGGAACCACUUCUCUGCAGAGCAGAGCGCCCUCUUCAACAAGGUGUACCAGCGGGAAAUGGCGGACUGCAGCCUGAGCUUCCAGGAGAAACUGAGGAUCUUCGGUUGGACCAUGUCGGUGGAAAUCCAGGUUUCCAGGCAGUCCUCAGCCGCUCCGGUGCCGCAGAAUGCCCAGCCGAGCCAGGGGUGA